GGCCUGCCUGCCCCCCACCCCUGCCACCUCAUGCAGCACCCCAAACCCUUCUACGUGCCCGCGGCACCCCAAGAAGCCUUCAGCCCCCAAGGCCUGGAGGGAGCCGAGGGGCCGGGCAGCCAGCCCACGCCCACCUGCACAGAGGCUCUGCCCGCUGUGGGCUCUUCGAACCUGUAUCAUCCCCCAAACCUGGAGAAAGAAGUGUUUCUGGCCCCUCCGGCAGGUUUCCAGAUGGCUCCGUGUGGGUGCUUCUUUGACCCCCGCGUCUACCGUAUCGAGUGGGCCACCACGGACUUUGGCCACUCGUCCUUGUACAAGCUGGCGGCGGCAGGCGGUGGGGGGCCGGCCGGGGGUCCCAUGCCCCCAGGAACCUACGUCCUGGAGCCCCAGCAGUACCUCAAGGCCCCGGUGCCACCGCCACCAGCGCCGUACCCACACUACCAGCCGGUGCCCGGGGGCCCCCAGUACCUCGUGCCCUACUUCCCGCCCGAGGGGCCCGGGCCCGAGGCCCUGGGCUUCGUGAGCGAGGGGGCGUCCCCGGCCUUGGUGGAGCUGCCCCUGCCCCUGCCCAAGGACGGCCUGGCCGGGCCCCCCGUGCCGGCGCCCAAGGAGAGCAAGCCUUCCCCGCUGCUCGUGGCACUGCCCACCGAGCCCAGCCUCGCCCCCGGGCCCUACGGCCACCCCAGCCAGCUGCCCGGGCCUGAGCUCGCCGCCCAGCCUGUCAAGCCACCCGCUUUCCCCGCCAAGGAGCCACAGGCCAGCGGGGCCGGGCCAGGGCUGCCCUACGCCCCGGGCCCUGGCAAGCCCAAGGUGGCCGACGCCGGGCUGGCCGGGGAGACCAGGCCACAGGGGCCGGCUGAGGCCAAGGCCCCCGAGCCCGCCAGGCCCUUCGUGCUGCCCGAGAAGGUGCUGCUGGAGGACGCCAUGAAGCUCUUCGACUGCCUGCCCAGGGGUGUGGAGGCCGUGGGCCCCCCGCGCCAGGUGCCCGGGCCGCUGCCCGACAGCGGUGCUGGCGGUGACGACGUGUCUGGGGACAUCCGCUCACUGCACCUCCCGGACGAGCUGCUGUCCUUCGACUACAGCGUCCCCGAGAUCCUGGACGCCGUGUCCAAUGUGGACUACUUCUUCAACUUCAAGGCGCUCGACAAGGAGCCCCCGGCCCGCCUGGGGCCCCCCGCCACCGACGCCGUGGUCCCUGGACGAAAGAAGGCUGGUGCCUCGUCCGCCAAGAAGGGGAAGCCGGGGGCCAAGGGCAGGCAGGCCGCGGGCUCGGCCUCUGUCACCCUCCCGGGGCCCCAGCUGGAUCUGUGA